AUGGGUACCAAGGAGAUGAUAAUUAUUUCUAAUUUUCAACUAUUAAAAGAAGCAAGUGUUAACCCUUUGAUGAUGAUAUAAAAUUUGUUUGUUUUCAUUGUUGGAGUAGCAAACUCAAUUUUAAAUAAAUUAUCAAGAAAUCCAUAAUUUUGAAACUAUUUUAUAAUUUUUAGAACUAUUGGUAAAAAAGGACUUCCUAGGCAAUAAACUUCAGAUGUGAAUUAAACCCAUGAUUUCAAUUUUAAAACCAAAAUUAUCAAAAGAACUUUGGGUCAACAACCCUAAAGCCACAACUACUAAUGCCAAAAAAAAAACCCAUUGACAUGGUUAAGCUAUCAACAACCCUCAUGGGGACAUAAUUUCAUAAGAGUAAAUGUAGAAUGAGACUAAAAAUAUAGUAACAACAAGUUAUUGCAACUCUGCAUCUUGAAUCUUAAGAUAUAUAUUUUUAGUUUUAAGAGAUGGGAAAAUGUUAAAUCAUAAAAAUGGCAUUAUCUAAAAUAUGCCCUUGAAACAUAGGGUAUCACUUGGCUGGUUGAUUAACUAUGGUUUAUGUUUCUUCAUAACUAACCACAAUACAUAGUUUUCUCCUACCCCUUGACUACAAAGAAAAUACCACAAAUUGGUAGCAUCAGUUUAUCCAUAUUUAACCCAUUUUCCUCUGGAAUAUGGAGCAAAUACUGACAAGGCGGAAUGCUAAUUACUCUCUCUCUAUCUCUUCUGCCCUUCUUGCUCCUAUUUCAAUUUCUAUCUCCUCUCUCUUACUCUUCGCCUUCUCACUUGUAUGCAGAUCCUCUCUCAUCUCUCUUUCUCCUUAAAAUUUGGGACUUAGUUAUAAGGUUGCUUAAUUCGGCCUGGCGUUGUUGCGAUGAGCCACAAAUUCCACUGGGCUUUAAUCACAAAUUAUUCAGAUUAAAAGCUCAAGAUUUAAAUAGGUAGUUAAUUAUUUAUUUAACCUAGAUUUUAAUGACAUAUAAUAUAAUUCAUGGGCUAAACUAAAAAUAUCCGGAGGUGAUAACGGGCACUUUCAGUGCUGAGCUUCUCUUACUCCGUCGGGCCCUCCGCCUCCCGACCCCUUCUUCUUCCUCUUCUUCCAUCCGGGUUCCUGCUUGAUCAGUCAGAGUCCCUUCUCUGGGCGCGUUCGUCUCUGUCUCUCUCUCUGUCUCUCUCUCUCUCUCUCUCUCUCUCGCUCUCUCUCGCUCUCUCUCUAUUUUUGUUCAAAGUGCAUUGGGAAGUUCAUCGUCUAAUCUUUUUCAGCGAGCAGCUAGCUGCAGUCGCUGCCAUCAUAUAUGGGCUACGCCCUGACCUCAUCCCAGCAACUCGGAUUCAGGGUGGGCCACCUCCUCCCUUCCCAGCGGCACGGCUACGGCUACGGCGACCUCCCUAGGCACCAGGAGUAUCGGAAGCAUCAUCAGAAGCAGUUUCUAUGGCGUGGAUUUCUUCCAGGAGAGCCCAAGGGGAGGAGAUGUCGGACUCUCAUCCCUAGAGCUGCUUCCGGGAAGGGUCGAAGAGUAGUAACGGAUAGAGGCGGUGGAGAAGGCAACCAUUUGUCUUCCGAGCAAGGCUCCUCUCUUCCCCUUCCUGUCAAGCAGGUGGCGUCCUUCUUGCUCCCUGCGGGCGCGUUCGUGGCCUUCUCAUUUGGUGUGCACCUUUCACAGUUUCGAAAUAUUUUCUUUUAUGAUUCUUCUCUCCGUGUUAGCUUUAUAAUUCGGUUCCACCUCAGAUUAGAAGGUUUUGUGGAAGCCAUUGUUAAUCAAUCUUGGCGACGUAAGUUGUGGUUCUUGAGUAAUUAUUCGAGCGCGAUUGUCGGAUUUUUCUGGGGUUAUACUCUUGUUCAUUUGGGGUCAUAACGGAAGAUUCCUCUCAAGUUCCUUAGGGCCUUCCUUUCAAGUAUGAUUCGCGAAGAGCUUUGAGAUGUGUGCGAAGGAGAGCAGCUCCCACCGGAAUAUUGUUAUUUUUGUGGAAGAUAACUUUUGCCCAUGCGAACGUGUUAAGUAUAUUAUCUGAUUAAGUGAACAACACAGCUUCUUGUUGUUUGGAGAGGCCAUCAUUUAUCAUUUAUUCAUACGUGGUCAUCCAAAUGAGGAUUUCACUAAAAUUAGAUGAGAUGUUAUGAGUUCUACCUUUUUAAUUAUCCUGAGUAUCCUGUAUCGAGGUUUUAGGCUUUUUUUUUUAAUAUGUUGUGCAACCAUUCUUAUGGCAGUUUUCUUUUCCCAUUCAUGGUAAAACUCAUCGAGAGUCAGCAUGAUUGACAGGUGUUCAGGAAGUUCAGUUUUUUGCAUCUCGUAGUUGUUAUUCUGUAUGUCAUGUACGUAAUAUGUAAACCUAGCAUGGAAUUAAGCUGGUGUCCUUCCAAAGAAUGUUUUAUAUUGAUGGGCUCAAAAGUGGCAUACUAGCUAAAUUCUUCAAGAAUUGCCUUUACUCGCGAUUCUAAGCAUUUAUUUGUGUUUUAAAGAACGUUAUGGAAAGGGCAAAAUUUAAAUUCUUAAGGGUGUGAAAGUUUCUAGGUUUCUCUUUUGCCACUAGAAUGUACUAUGACAUACUGUUAACUUAUUUCCUCCUCUUUUUCACGUGAGUAAUCCCUCUUUUGGUAUCAUUAUUUCUUUGGUGAACUGAAGGAAGCGUGAUUUUAUGACAUCAGUGGACUCUUCCUUCUAUGCUAGGAUGAUAAAAUGUUUCAUUAUCACUGCUGCAACCAUUUUUUCUCACUGUGUUGAUCAGAAUAGUAUUUGGUCGUCCAAAAUCUGUCAUUAUCUUCAUUAUCAUUUAUCUGUGUUCUAUUGCUCAAGAAAGUAUUUCCAUUUCCGGGGCACUAUUUUAGGCUACGCCAAUGUGUGGUGGUUACUUUUAUUCAGUUGCUUGCAGUUUGUUUAUAUCAUGCCCCUUAGACUUGAAAGGACCAGGAAAUGCAUGGAAAAUAGUAAAUGGAAAGCCAGGUCGCAUCGGAUUAAGAGUUGGUAGUGGUCAUUGUGUCAUUAACCACCAAAUCUUAUUUUCCAACGUAUAAAGCCCAAUUUAUUCAUAUUUUAGAAUAAUCUGGGGAAAAGCCUUCACCCCAUCCCACUCAUUUUCUCUUCGGCCUAGACUCUUACACACCCACUUGCAUAUAGUAUGAAGGGCGUUGUUUUGCCAUGUAUGAGUGGCUUGACUAUUAAUUGAAAUUCAAAAGUUUAUCUUACUACUCACCCUCCCUAAUGGCCGUUAAAAGUUGGUGCUCAUACUGAUCCAUCACUUUUCAACUGGUAGUGUUAUGGAAGGUGGUUGAAAGAUUGCUAAUACCAAAGCCAAAAGGGGCAUCUUCUGCGGCUGUUGAGAAAAAAUCUUCAUUUCCCGGUAUGAAAUGGCUGGUUUCUCCUGGAUCAAAUUUGCCAACAGGUUCUGGGUUGAAGAUUGAACGGGAAUCAAGGCAAAGACUCAAGGAGUUUGCAAAAGAACUUCGGACAUUUCAGAGAGUUGACAUGUCAGGUGUUCUGUUCAUAUACAUACUUUUUUCUCAUUGUGAGGACUAUGAGUAAUGUUGUCAUGCUCCAAUAUGCGGUCAUCAAUAAUGUUAAACAAAAAUUGAAAAUUCCUUCUGCCUAGGUAUUUAUUUAUGAUAAAUAAGCCUAUCACUACGGUUGUUAACUAAGAAAUUUCAUGUAAAGCUUAUAACAAUUAUAUAUUUGACUUAAACGGUUGCAUCAACUUGAGGUUGUUGCAGACUAUUUGCCUCUUUGGUAAAUCUUUUGCUGAAGCCAAAUUUCAACUAUCCACAGGCCGCAACUUUGGUGAUGAGGGUCUUGUUUUUCUUGCUGAAAGCUUGGGGUACAAUCAGGUGAUUUUUUUGGCUCAGGGUCAAUCUUAAAGUGGUUUAUAGACUUCAUGGGCUUGCUAAUUAUAUCGAGCUUUUCCAUUCUAGAAGGACAUAAAUAAUAGCACAGGGAGCUUUCCUUUUCAGUAAUUUUGGUGUAUCAGUAACAUUAGCAUGUGAUUUCAGUCUGCAGAGGAAGUGGACUUUUCUGGCAAUGGCAUUACAGCCACAGGAAUUAAAGCUUUUGAUGGUGUGCUUCAGUCAAAUUUUGCCCUGAAAACUCUUAAUCUUUCUGGAAAUGCCAUUGGUGACGAAGGCGCCAAGGUUGUACUCUCUCAGUGCUGGUGCUAGUUUGGGUUCAUAUAAAUUGUAUACUACUGUGAUAUUGUGGUUGGUUAUUGAGCAUCCUCUUUAACACUUUUUCUUUCUGGUUUGAUUCGCCUACCCAAAAUUGAGAAGCCAUCAUCAAUAAAAUGAUAAUUAAAUAAUGUGUACAAAUUAUUUUUUUUGUAAGGAAUUGUAAUUCCUUUUUCUGGAAGAACUGGAGGAGAAUAAAGCAGGGACAUCGAUGGUUUCCCAUGCUUUUCUGUUGGUAAAAAAUGAUCUUUGAUCUGUAUUGGGUCGCAUUAUGGGCCUCUUGCUUGCCACGAAUGUUGUACUAAGAACACGUUACUACAAUUCAUUGAUUGUUAAGAAUAAACUUACCUGCAUGUGGUAUGAAGGAUGUUGUGAACAGUGGAAUAAUUUCAUAGACUCGAUUGGUGAAGAAUGAGGUUGGUUGCCGCAUGAACUGUGGAAUAAUUUCAUAGACUUGAUUGGUGAAGAAUGAGGUGGGUUGUGGCAUGAACUGUGGAAUAAUUUCAUAGACUUGAUUGGUGAAGAAUGUGGUGUGUUGCGGCGUGAACUGUGGAAUAAUUUCAUAGACUUGAUUGGUGAAGAAUGAGGUGGGUUGCGGCGUGAACUGUGGAAUAAUUUCAUAGGCUUGAUUGGUGAAGAAUGAGGUGGGUUGUGGCAUGAACUGUGGAAUAAUUUCAUAGACUUGAUUGGUGAAGAAUGUGGUGGGUUGCAGCGUGAACUGUGGAAUAAUUUCAUAGACUUGAUUGGUGAAGAAUGUGGUGGGUUGCGGCGUGAACUGUGGAAUAAUUUCAUAGACUUGAUUGGUGAAGAAUGAGGUGGGUUGCGGCGUGAACUGUGGAAUAAUUUCAUAGGCUUGAUUGGUGAAGAAUGAGGUGGGUUGUGGCAUGAACUGUGGAAUAAUUUCAUAGACUUGAUUGGUGAAGAAUGUGGUGGGUUGCGGUGUGAACUGUGGAAUAAUUUCAUAGACUUGAUUGGUGAAGAAUGUGGUGGGUUGCAGCGUGAACUGUGGAAUAAUUUCAUAGACUUGAUUGGUGAAGAAUGUGGUGGGUUGCGGUGUGAACUGUGGAAUAAUUUCAUAGACUUGAUUGGUGAAGAAUGAGGUUGGUUGCUGCACUUUCCCUUAUCAGCUUUUCUACUAUCAUCAGGACACAGCUUCAUUGAAUGCAAUGAAUAGUUGGAGUUGUUAUACAAGCAUUUGACGAAGUUAGAUAGGAAGUUUUUUGACAGUUUUGUUUCACUAGAUAAUCUCUACUGCUGCAGCAGGGCUCUCGUUUUAGCAUAUUACUGAUAGGACGGACCUCUAUAUACAAUAUACAAGUUUCUUGCUGGUAUCCUUGUCAAACUACUUUUAUUGGUGUCAUUCUUCUGAUUCGGUGGGAAAUGGGAAAAAUAAUAUGAGCUUAUCAUUAAUGGUCAUUAUUGAAUGGAAGGUCAAUCAUCGUGUUAAUUUUCACCUUUCAUGAAAUUAACAUAUUUUAUUUUAGGAUCUGAGUCUCAUAAGUAUUAGGAUCUGAGUCAUCAUCUUUAUUUAAUAGUAUUGAUAUAAUCAAUCCGUCUCCCCUCCUCUAUAUCUUUUCUUCUGUAUUCUUUUUCUUUUUAAACUCAUGGAGAGCUUACCCAUGCAGUGGUGCUGCUGUUGAGGUUAGAACAUUCCUGUUGGCCUCCCAUGGACUAUGGAUGCCUCACUCUGUGGGUUUCACAGCCCAUUAUCCUCCUUAAUGAUGGCUUCUCGGCCUUGACUCUUUCCCUUCGCGAGUUUCUGAAUCAAUGAAGUGAAAUGUGGCUGAGCCUGAUUGGAGCCAAUCAAGGCCUCUGGAAUCAAGGACCAGUUCUGUUGUGCUGGCUUUGAAUCAGCACAAUUGAACUGAAAUCAGUUGGAGAAGAACUGAACUGACAAGAACAAGACAAAAACGCUAACAUAGGAAUAUCCUAUAUCUUGUUUAGAUAAGAGUAAUUUUUAGUUUACCAGAACCAGCCUGGAUCUGUUUUCUAGUACUGUGAUGGGUUAUCAUUUUUUGUCCGCCAUGGUUUCUAUUUUUUCGUUAUGGCCCUAAGAGCACAUAAAAGGUUUAGUAAUUAUGUGCUUUUGUGAUUAUUUUAGCUGCAUUUUAUGUUUGGUUAUGGGUAUCUUGCUUGUUUUAAAUUGCAAGGUUUUAAACUAUAACGUAGAAAUUUUCCUGGCUUUCAGUGUCUCUCAGAGAUCCUGGCCAAAAAUUCUGGUAUCCAGAAACUGCAGUUGAAUAGCACUAGUCUUGGGGAUGAGGUCUGCUUGCCACUCCUGCUUUGUUUCUUCUUGGUGGAUUUUGAUGAAAGCGAUUCCCUUCUUGUCUUAAUUCAUAAUCAAUGUAUCAUGUGGGAUGUCCUCCAGGGAGCGAAGGCUAUCGCAGAUAUGCUCAAAAGGAAUUCAUCUCUUCGAGUUUUAGAACUUAACAACAAUAUGAUUGACUACUCCGUAAGAAUGUCUAAGUUUGGCGCUUGAAUACAUUUGAAAGCAGUUGACAUAAAGGAUACACAUUACUUACUUUUGUGAUUCUUCUGAUUCUUGAGGCAGGGAUUUGCAAGUCUAGGUAGUGCACUUCUUGAAAACACAGCCAUUCGCUCAAUACAUCUCAAGUUAGUUACUUGUUUCUUAACUAUUUUUAGUACUCCUACAGUUUCCCUUAUUCAUAUAUUUUCGUUAUUUGUCAUCUGAGGAUUUCACUGAGGAUCGUCUAUUAGCAGAUGUUGAAAUAUGCUAUUUGCCUUGUGCAUUGUCAGACAAGAUAAGACUUAUAUGGCAUUUUCAAUAAAUCUAUUAGUAUGCUGAUGUGCAUACUAACCGGUUCUGUAAUCUUUCUCUUGACCUCUUUUUCAGUGGAAACUAUGGUGGUGCUCUCGGUGCUGCCAGUCUAGCAAAGGGCAUCGAGGGAAACAAGUCGUUAAGGGUAAUGCACCUCCCUCAAACAGUAACCUUUAUUGACAUUAUUUUCCCUACUGCCAAGGUUGUGGAAUCUAGGUCCAAAACUUGUGCUAGGCUUACCUGAUGAUCCCCUGCAGAAAUCCCUAUAUGAAUUUGAGCUCAAGCUUGCAAUAUUUUUGGGUCGUCUGUUUCUGGAAAGUUGUCUAUGGUUUGUGGCUACCAGAGCAAUACAAGAUGGGAUACGACAAAUCUGUAGUUCUCUAGAAUGAGGGUCCUAGUUCUGAAGUGCUAUGCCCAAAGAACAUAACUGAAUAUACUUUUUUGAUGUUUUGUUUCUUUAAAAUAUUGAAAACUUUUUCCUGAAGACAACCCGUUAAAUGUUUAAAAAAUAUUCUGAGAGAUAAUAAACGCAUUAAGGCAUGUAUACUUAGCUUUGGAUGGUUACUUUAAGUUGUUUCUUCUUUAAAAAGUCUUUACGCAAGAAAUGGGAAAAAGAGAAUCAUGCUUGUGACAGUCACUGAAGAAAUCAGUUAUCAACAAUUUGAGAUGGAUUUCUGAAAAUAUAGAAUGCUACAAAAAGAAGAGAAACCGCUAUAAUUCCUGUCGGUGGGACAGUUCUUCCUCCAGCCUCUGUUGUACUCUUUAGAGAGCACCUUGUUAAUAUUUGUGUCAAGGAAUAACUUGUUCUUUGCGGUCAAGUAUGAUUCUUUUUUACUUAAUAGAAGAAGAAAACAAGACCAUGCUGUCGAAGUAAUAUGAUUAUUUUCGUAUGAAACUCGUACACGUUAUGAAUCUCUUGUAGGAUAGAAUUCUUUAGCAUGCAGCUUUACAUGCUCCCAAAAUCAGUUGAUAUUUUUCGUGCAUAUUUUUCUGAUGUCAAAUUGAAGAUUCUUGCAUAUCAACGAGCAUGAAGUUGUGCCCUGAAUUUGGUUGGGUUUAUGUUGUUUCGCAGGAUUCUGGACAAGUUUUUUUUCUUUGUAGAUCAUAUGCAUUCUUUCUUUUCAAAAUGUUGAAUUUAUCCUGUCAACCGCUUCUCUUGUUUAAUAAGGAUGAACGUGCGGCCAUUUACUAUAUUUUAACACUUCUAUCUUCAUGUGGUUAACAAGUUCUUCUUGCAUAGGUUUAGUGUGGGACAAUUUAUGUUACUUUAUAUCAUAUGAUCACUUGUUCCAAGUGUUACCAGGGUGUUUUUGAUGCAGGAACUUCAUUUGCAUGGAAAUGAUAUUGGUAAUGAGGGUGUACGGGCUUUGAUGGCUGGGCUAUCUGCUCAUAAAGGUUGAAUUAGUUUUGUGCAACUCAUCAAUCUUAUGCUAUAUUUUCUUCAUUUCUUUAUAUUUUCUCACAUCAGAAGUUCCAUUGCAGGGAAGAUCACCCUGUUAGAUCUGGGGAACAAUGACAUUGGGUCUGAUGGUGCUUUCCACGUGUCUGCAUACGUUAAGAAAACUAAAUCCCUGUUGUGGUUGAAUCUUUAUAUGAACGACAUGUGCGAUGAGGUACUAUUGAAAUGUAGCAGUAUUUUGAUCUUUUUCCUUCAUGUUAGCAGUACUAUUGAAUAUCAUGAGAUAUAUUUAGAACUACAUUCCUAGAUAUAUCUCCAUUCUUUAUAUAUAUUCUUCCUAAUACUUAAGACUGUCAGAUAUUUUUGAGGAAGUUCUGUUUUCUUCCUGUCACUAUGUUUUCAUUUUCCCUUUUUGUAAGCUCUUUCUGGGCAUGCUUAAUUUUUAGGCCUUCUGAAGAUAUUUGGAGAGAAACUCUCCCAGCCGUUUAAAUAUAGUAAAUGUUGAAUUCAUUCAUAUUAGUGAAGAAUAAGUUCUUUCAUCAAAUACUAUAAUGCCUAAUUUAUGCAUCAAUGUUCUUUGAUUUUCUGUGGUAUUAAGUAACAAUUUUAUACUAGGUUUAGGAUUUGGGCAAUGUUUAAGUUUUACGAUGAUUGUAGUAGUUAGACCAGUAUUUUUUUUAAUUAAUGCCUAUUUUAAAGUCUAGUAAUAUCCAUUUGUGUAUAUGCUGUCACAGGGAGCCACAAAGAUGGCUGAAGCACUGAGGGAGAACCGGACCAUUACUACCAUAGACUUGGUAUGUUCCUUAAAAAAUAACUUCAUUGGGUUGCUUAUUUUAUCCAGGGGUCGUCUAAUAUUUCCGUAACUGACGUAUCUUCUGAGUCAGUAUCUUGUGUACCUCUUUUUAUUUAUAAGUUUAUCACUGAUUAAAAUGAAGAGAUAUUAUGGUUUACACAGAUAUCAUGUACAUAAAUAUAUAAGGACUUUUCUUAAUACUUUAACCUUUUAAGUUUCAUGAUUAACCUAUACAUUUUACCCGAGUUAUUAAUACUAAUGUUGUCCCAAAAUCAGAAAAUCUGUUGUGAUGUGAUGUAUUUUUACGUGUGUAUUUUUACUACGUAAAAUCAGAAAAUCAGAAUUAAUCCGUGUGUAUUUUUACUGAUGUGAUGUAGGCUUCUGUCAUAUCGUUACUCAACUAGUCGUUCCUUGUUCAAUGUCUAAAACGGGUUCCUAGAAUUCAAAACUUCCUCCUUUCUUUCACCUCUCUCUGUGUAGAGAUCUUUUCUCUGUUUCCACUCUGAAUGGGAUUUUGAUGACUUCUUUUUAUUUUUUGUCUUCAUUCUUUUCACGGUGUUUUUCCCAUCAAAGAAUCCACAUUUGGAUUGGCUCAUCCCUGCUUAGGGUUGUUAGGUUUUUUGGCAAAUCAAUAAUUCUCAAUUCUAAUCUUGUACCUGUUCAUUCUUUCUUUCUUACUCUGCAAAAGAAACUAGUCUUCUGUUUAUUCUGCAUUCCAUCAAAGCAAAUGCAUGGAUUCGUGCAAAUGAUAGCCUCAGUCUGUGGUCAGAAUUUCUCUCUCGGGGUUUCCCAUUACCAGCAGCAAACCAUCAUUUUCUUCUCUAUUUUCUUAUCUCUUGAGGCUAUCUAUAUUCAUCCAUCCCAGUGGAUUCAUCCUUUUCAUCUCUCAUUUCUAUCUGCUUCAGGGUGGUAAUAAUAUCCAUGCAAGUGGCGUUGCCGACAUUGCACGUGUUCUGAAGGAUAACUCUAUCCUAACCACAGUGAGUCCUACAUUCUUUGGGCAUUUGUAAAUCAUCCAAACUCUGAUUAGUAUCAUUAUAUGCAUACAUAAACUCAUUCCUUUUUCGAAGCUGGAAUUGGGCUAUAACCCUAUUGGCCCUGAAGGAGUGAAGGCUCUUUGCGAGGUCAUCAAGUUCCAUGGGAAGAUUGAAAUACUGAAACUCGGGUGGUGCCAGGUGAUGAUCCCGUGUUCUUAAUCCUUUGCUUCACUGAUUAACUCAACUUACAUGAUGGCUAUGGCAUUGCAGAUUGGCCCCAAGGGUGCAGAGUAUGUUGCUGAUGCCCUUAAGUACAACACAACCUUAUCCACUCUAGAUUUGCGGGCGAACGGACUUGGAGAUGAUGUAGCUGCCCACUGAUUAUUCCUUUUUUUAAGAAUUUUUUUGCUCCAUAAAUAAUUUUCUAAAAUAUUCUGAUAUCCUUGAUGCCUGCGGAUUUGAUGCUUGUUGUUUAUUCCUACUUUUUUUAAAAAAUUAGUUUUUUCAUGAAUAAUGUGAUAAUACAUUUUGGAAUCCUUGAUGUCUGCCAAUUAUUUCUUCUCUUUAAAACUUUUCCUUCAAUGCAUGAAUAAUUUUCGAAUAGAUAUUUUGAGAUCCUUAAUGACUACCAGUUUUUAUUUUUACUUUUAAAUGAGUUAAUUCAUAAAUAAUUUUAUAACAUUUGCUGAGAUCCUUGAUGCCGGCCGACAAUCCCUUCUUUUAAAAAUGUUUGUUUAGUACGUGGAUCAGAGUAGCUAAUGUAUCCCCUGACCACACUUGAUUAUUCCUUUUUUCAGAAAACGUUAUUCAGUGUGUAAAUUAAAUGUCUAAUAUGUUCUAACAUCCUCUCUCAUUAAUCUCAGGGGGCUGUUUGCUUGGCCCGCAGCCUGAGGAUCGUCAACGAAGUCUUGACCUCGCUCGACUUAGGAUUCAAUGAGAUCAGAGUAGGCCACGCUUUUAUAUGAUCUUGGGUCUAAUCCAAAAAGGCAAAAACAUCCAAUAGGGGAACAUUCUCACCGACAUUUUUCUCCGGAACCAGGACACGGGGGCCUUCGCACUUGCCCAGGCCCUCAAGGCAAAUGAGGACAUCUCGCUCGCCUCCUUGAAUCUAGCCAGCAAUUUCCUUACUAAAUAUGGACAGGUUUGUUCCUCUUCCUUCGUCCUUUGAUGGGCGAGUGAUGUUCCUCACUGCCAUGGGGGGGUUCUUCUUCAUUGAGGGUUCCCUCUUAAGCCGCAGGUUGCUCUGACAGAGGCCAGGGAUCAUGUAUAUGAGAUGAACGAGAAGGAGCUCAACAUAUACUUCUGA